UGUGGAAGAAGACUGCAGAACAGAUGGGCAGUCAACUUCAAAUGACUUCAGGGAAUCAUCCCGAAGCCAACGGACAAGCCUAACAAAUGAACAGAGUUGUACAGCACUUGCUGAGGCAUUAUAUCAAGCCCAGCCAAGAUGACUGGGAUGAGCAGUUGCCUCUCAUCGCCAGCCUGUACAACAAUGCUGUCCACAACAGUACCGACAUCUGUCCUAAUGAGCUACACUUGGGAUGGAAGCCUAGAUCAACACUAGACUUCCUCCUACCUGAAAACCGACCUGCUGCAACUCCAGGCACACUUGAAUAUGGUGUGCAAUAUGAGAAGUUGCUGCAAGAAGCUGUCGAGCAUAUGAAGAAAGCUCAGCAAGCAAUGAUUGCUUCUGAGAAUCAACAUCGUAGACAGUCCUCAUUUCAGGCAGGGGAACGUGUCUGGGUUAAGGCUAGUGAGCUAGGACAGGAGUUCGGAAUCUCUCGCAAACUAAUGCCUCAGUACUUUGGUCCCUGGGAAGUCCUGGAUAUAGUGGGAGAUGAGUUGGAUGGUCCCACAUAUGUCAUUCGUAACCCUGGACACCUAUGCACUCACCCUGUCUUUCAUGCCUCAAAGCUUGCACCUUUCGCUGAGACUGAUCAAUUCCCUUCACGGAGAUCGAUGCUGCCCCCAACCAUGGAUGGACAAGUCGACUUUGAUGACAUUGUGGAUCAUAGGGAUAUGCCUGUUGCAAAGCCGCUGGGUCGAGGAAGACCUCCUAAGCCCAAGAGAGAGUAUCUCGUCAGAUUCAGGCAUCACACGGAUCCAAAAGAAGAUCGGUGGUUCACCAGGGAGGAACUGAUUGAGACAGCUCCUCAAGUAGUGGCAGAGUAUGAAAAAUUGUUGAAAGGGAAGGCACCUGCGAAUGCCACGUCAGCAGUGCCACGUCAGCAACAGUGCCACGUCAGCAACAGUGCCACGUCAGCAGUGCCACGUCAGCAGUGCCACGUCAGCAGUGCCACGUCAGCAGUGCCACGUCAGUCACAUUGCCACGUCAUCAGUGCCACAUCAGCAGUGCCACGACAGCAACUGUGCCACCUCGCACUGAUCGAGGCUGAGGAACAACACCAGCUGGCAGCCAAGGCUGCCCGCCUACAGGCUGAAGCAGCGGCAACAGCUGAGAAGCAGCGGCUACAGGCCGAAGCAAACGCAGACACCCAGGCACGCCGCAAGGAGGCCCAGGAUUUGCUGCAGCGGCAUGAAACCGCCAGCAUCGAAAGACUCAAGUUCUGGCACUUUCAACCGUCCAAUGGCGAUGACACGACACCGGAGGAGCAUCAUAAGGAGUUCCUCUCCAAACUCGUGACACGGUUGUUGUACGCUUGCAACUACCAACAGUCCGAGUUAGAGAGACAGAACCACGAACUGCAGCAACAGUACCAGGAUCUGAAGACACAACACCCGGAGUUGGCGAACCUCCGCCGGAUAGUGCAGAGCCACGAUGAUGCUACACGGGCACUCAAUUCCCGUGUACUGGACCUGGAGCAAGCUGUACCAGGACAAGAUGCUGGUGAGUCCAACAGUGCACCUUCUAACCGCCAACUGGAGCAACGCGUCGACCACGUCGUCGCAAUGCUCGACAACAUCAGCACCUUCGCUGCGCCAACCACCAUUUGCAAUCAGCUGGAUACUUUGAAGACCGAGGUCCAGCAACUGCAGUUGACGAACACGGAUGACAACAAUCCAUUGACCUACUACAAGACGCAGGAUACGGCCCAGGUUAGUGUGCAGCAACCUGUUUCGGUGGCUAUCCAGCCACUGCAGCAAGCCCCUGGGCCCAUACAGCCUAUGCAGUGGAUGCCCAAAAUACCCUUGCUGAGUCCUAAGCCCUUCUCCAGCGACAGGAAGAAGGAUGAGGAUUUGGAUACCUGGGUAAGGACGGUGCCUACUUAUGUGAGGCACAAGCUUACCAGGCCAGAGCAAGAAGUUGUAGUGGCUUCCUCCUUUCUAGAGGGGUCAGCAGCCCACUGGUUGAAUGACCUAGUGCAGCAGCAGGGCUACGGUCAGAAUUUCGAUGCCUGGGCCCAGGCCCAGACAUUGGAAGAGUUCGUACGGUCCGUGUGCAACAGGUGGCAUGACCCUCAAGGGGCUCAAAAGGCCACUGAUGCAAUCAACAGUCUCUGUGCCAGAAGGUACAAGAAUGUUUGUGAGCUAACAGACACCGUAGAACGUCUGGUCGUGGUACCUGGUGUGCGCUAUGACCAGCAUGUACUCCUCACAGAUUACCUUAGAUGUCUACCUUCAGAGGUAAGGACAAAGCUGGUAGAUGAGGCCUAUGUCGAGCAGCACAACUUCGCCUCUUGUAGCAAAAAGGCCUUAGAUAUAGAGGCAAAAUUGGGGUCCGCGCAUCAGAGUCAGGGGGAUGGUAGGAAGAAGAGACUUCCCCAAGACUGGAAGAAGAAGCGUCAGUUGAUGUUCGUUGACCACGAUGGUCAAACGACAGACAUUGACGAGUUCCCAGAUCUAGGGGACGAGACAGAGCAUGAUGGGGCCAGUGAGACUUCGGAUGGGGGAGUCGUGGCACCCAUCAAGGAAAAGGCUAGGGGGACCGGGAAGAAGAAGAUAGUCUAUAGAGUUCUCGAUUUGGUGUGGGUUUAUGCAGAAGUACAAGCGAGAUUAGACAACACAAAGAAGUUCUGCACAAAGGCCAUAGAAGAUGCUAAGGUAGUGGCCCCAGAGGAGGAGGAAGCACGCCCGCGUAGGGAACGCGUGAAGGUGAAGUUCCCUGAUUCCUACAAUGGGAAGAAGGGAGAGAACUUUGAUAACUGGGAGGCAAACAUAAAUUCUUAUGUGCACCUCCGUGAUACCAUCCCCAAGGAACGAGUCCUCAUGACCUUCCAUGCCCUCAAAGAUGAGGCAUCGAGCUUCACUAGAUCAUUAGCCCGCGCCACCAAGUGGAGGGGGAAGAAGUUAGUGAAGGCACUUGACUAUGGUGGAUGGGUGGAGGUGGAGGUGGAAGAAGGUGAGAAGGUGCUUGGCUAUGGAGGAUGGGUAAACGAGGUGGAGGUGGAAGAAGGUGAUGUAAAGGUACUUGGUUAUGGUGGAUGGGUGAAGGAGGUGGGGCCGAAAGAAGAUGUGAAGGUGCUUGGCUAUGGUGGAUGGGUGAAGGAGGUGGAGGUGGAAGAAAGUGUGAAGGUGCUUGGCUAUGGUGGAUGGGUGAAGGAGGAGGUCAGGGUGGAAGAAGGUGUGAAAAUGCUUGGCUAUGGUGGAUGGGUGAAGGAGGUGGAGGUGAAAGAAGGUGCAAAGGUACUUCGCUAUGGUGGAUGGGUGAAGGUGGCGGAGAUGGAAGAAGACAUGAAGGUGCUUGGCUAUGGUGGAUGGGUGAAGGAGGUAGGGUUGGAAGAAGGUGUGAAGGUGCUUGGCUAUGGUGGAUGGUUGAAGGAGGUGGAGGUGGACGAAGGUGUGAAGGUGCUUGGCUAUGGUGGAUGGGUGAAGGACGUGGAGUUCGAAGAAGGUUUGAACACACUUGGCUAUGGUGGAUGGGGGAAGGAGGCGGUGGUGGAAGAAGAUGUGAAGGUGCUUGGCUAUGGUGGAUGGGCGAAGGAGGUGGAGGUGGAGGAAGAUGUGAAGGUGCUGGGCGAUGGUGGAUGGGUGGAGCUGGAGGUGGAAAAAGGUGCGAAGGUACUUGGCUAUGGCGGAUGGGUGGAGGAGGUGGAGGUGGAAGAUGGCGUGAAGGUCGCGCGUGGAGUCCCAGCUAUGGCGCCAGGUAAGUCCACCGUCUGCAGUUCUGGAGCAAAGCAACCAGCAAGAAUCACGUCUAAUGUCCGCUUCAAUUUACAGUUCAUACGACUUUUGCGGCAAAUGGAGAGUAGUAGUGGUGGACGUACAAGUAGACCAGCUCGACCGAAUACAAGCUAUCGCCGGAAGAGAAAGGUUGAAGAGGAUGAGGAAUCUGAGCUGGAAUAUGCACUGGGAAAUCCGGAUGCACACCUUUAUAACACCAACGAUGGCGUUGUGAUUGUGCCCCCGGUAUUGCUUGUUGAUGGGUAUAAUAUGUGCGGGUACUGGCCUAAACUAAAGAAGCAUUUCUCUCGGGGAAACUUGGCACUUGCAAGAGACAAGUUGAUUCAAGAGAUGGCAAUGUUUGGUGCCAUCAAAGUGCAUGGCGAUGAAAGGCGAUCGGGCGCAGCAGCGAGUGGCGAGGUGUGGAGGAAGGGGAUACAGCGCAUGGCGACGAAGGAUAACAGGGAGCUGCGGCGAGUGGGGAUGUGCAAGGGAAUAUGGUGUAUGGCGAUGAAGGAAGGGAGAGUGGUGAUGGGUGAAAGGAGGAGGGUGGAGGGCAAUGGGUUAGGGGUGGGCUCCACCGCCGGCUACAGUCGUAAUCGCUGCGGGGCACUCGUGUCAAAAGGGGUAGUGGAGUGGUGUUGGCCAUGAGAUCGUCUCUCCCUUUUUCGUCAGCAGAUAGGUAAGUGGAUAUAGAUGGAUGGUCGAACCCCCUGUGGCGCCUUACCAACAAGUUUGGUGAGAUGGAGUCGCACUGUUUUCUAGUUUUCCCUCUGGAAAAGGAAGAUGGCCGUCAAAGCCUUCGGUGCUAGCAUUGCUUAGAGCAGGAGUGCUGGCGAUGGGACGCAGCUCUCCUCCCCCGAAGGUGUUGGGGUAGGGUUUGAGGGGGUGUGGUAAGUUGGGGCCUGUUGAUGGAAAAGGGAGAGGGAUUAGUUUUGAUUGGUUGUUUGAAUGUUGACGAUACAGCUCGCUGGUGACUUCCUAUAGAUAGGUUUUUCUUUUUUGUGUUCCGAACAGUCUGAUUACAAAUCUGAAAUAUUUUCCGUAGAAUUUUUUGUCGGAUAAAUCAAUGGGGAAUUU